CCCAGUUUGAUAAAGCGUCGCUGUGCCAGUGUGUUGCUGGUCUCUGCACUGUCACCUGCAGUGGUGAAGGCAUGGAUGCAAUGGGCGGAUGUCAAUAACGAUGCGUCUGUGUGGGAGUUGAUGGGAGUUCGUUUGGAAGGUCUUGUUCCUGCAGCCGUACUGCCACUACUACUAACUAUGGUAUUUUAUCUCGGCCCCCUGGUUCAUUCUGCGAUGGACAACCCCGCAGGCUUCACUGGGGAAGUGCAGUCUGCACUCGAUGUUCGGUCAUGGAUGUUGUGUGUGGGAGAUGCAGUGUGGCUCAGGAACCAGGUGGUGGCACCGGUGACGGAGGAGCUGGUGUUCAGAGGGGCCAUGCUGCCCAUGCUGGUUCCCUGCACGGGACCCACGGCUGCCAUCUUCAUGGCCCCGCUGUUCUUCGGUGUUGCCCAUUUACACCAUAUCAUGGAGCAACGGCGCCUCAACCAGGACAGCUUGGGUGUCCUCCUCGGGGUGUCAGGUCAUGUUGUGGGUCCAGUUUUGUGCCAUUCGUUCUGUAACAGUCAAGGGCUGCCUGACAUCCGCUCUGCCCUGCGACACCCUCAGCGAUCUGCUCUACUUUUCUCGUAUCUGACGGGGCUGCUGGUCUUUCUGGUGCUACUCUUCACGCUGACAGACCCCUUCUUCUAUGGUGCCAUUCCCGUCUGCAGCCUGGCUGCCCCUGCAGCGUCUGCAUGCUAUUAAAUUAUAAUUAAAAAUACUCCCGCUCUUAAAACGUCUUCUUUUUAUUACGAUGGAUUUCAUUUCACGUUGGGUUUUCAAAUUUUAAAAAAGUAUUUCUAUAUAGUGUGUGUGCAUUUAUAGGUGUGUGGGUAGAUGUGUGCAUGAGAAGAGAACAAUCCCAGCAAGUCAGACAUUUCCUGCAUGGUUGGAAAUAUGUCCUACUGUAUUGAAACACAACACCAGUGCAAGUUUCACUGGACGAGAGAGAAAAAGUCUGAGGCAGGGAAAAACAGAUGAACUGUGAAAGUGAAUGAGUGGGACGGGAAGGCAAUGGAGGAGACAGCAGGAGAGAAAGACACUUAUGGAGACAGGCAGACAGACAGAAAGACAGACACAGAGGCCAAGUAACACUCCAAAGGAAUCAAAAUGGAGAGGAACAGCUAUGCAAGUCACAUUGUUAGGACAAAUAAGGCUAUGAAAGACAAGCUUGUGAGAAAAAACUGUUACAGCCAGAAGCAACACGGGCAAUGCCAACAGACAUUAAGGGAGAGAAGAGAAAAAUAAAGGAGAACAGAAAAGGAAAGAUGGGGGGGGAGGACGGGGGAAACGUUUGUGUGUCCCCAAGGAAAUUUAGAAUGUGGAGUAGCAGAGUUGUGGAGGAGAGCGUUCGGACUGAGAGGUGAAAGGUUGCGUCAGACAAUUAAGAUUUAUGAGUCAGACUGAUGAGCUAAUCAUACAAAAUAAAUGUUUAUAACCCAGACCAGGAAAGGCCAAGCAAGUUUAAAUCAAUGAUAAAGUCUGGAAAGCCCGGUUCUCGCCGCAAGCAAAGAGAAUGUCUACAACUCAGUAAAUAACAUAAAUGCAGAAACCACAGCAACAAAAAGCACAAUGCAUUGAUUUUUAAGGGAUUACUCUAUCUUGGCCGUGACCAAUUGCUAGAGGCAACCAGUGGUGACUCCAGGAGUCAGAUAUAAAGUGUUAAUUAGAUUAAUAAGCAGUUGUUGUUUUUUUACCUCCGAACAGAUCGCUGCUUCAACUCAGUCAUAACUUGGGAUCUUUCCAGUACAACAAAGUCUUCAGUUGCUGGCUGCUGAGAGUUUGGGGAUUUGGGGGACUUUGCUGCUCAGGAUCAAGCUUGACAGCAGUUUUUGCCCAAAGCAACUGUAUUACCUAUUUACCUUCCCUUGAGUUUUUCCGGGAGAAUUACACUGAGAUUAAAUGUAACAACCUCCGAUUUGGCAGCCAUGUGAUUUGAAGACAGCAGAAAUAGUAGAGCAAAGACCAACAGGCUGUUAUUUGACUUCCCCGCACGGAGCUUCAGAAGAUUUGAGCUUUAUGGUUAGGGAAUGAUUUACCUUCUUCUGAUGAUGCUGAGUCAGGCAGUUUACUGUGUCUUUGCCAUUUCUUUCAAAAUAGCUUUUCUCUGUGAGACACAAGCUGAAAAUAGAGUUCAGGUUACAACGGGACAAGUCUCAAGAGAAUAGAAGGACAUGAUGCAGAGAGAAGUGAGACGUGUGGUGGGUUGUCUCAAAGGUCCUCCACAUCCAACGUCUGUCUGUUUCUGUGUCUCCUUUGUCUCCUGCCUCUUUCUUGGGGGUGUCGUCAUCCUUUCUCCCCACUGUUAAUCCAUUUACCGCUAACACACACACAAACACACAAACACACACACACACAAAUGGCUUCGUCUCUGGAGAAAUAUGACCAUGAAAGACACUACAAAGUGUAAGAUUUCUGAGUGUGCAUGCGUGCGCGUGUGUGUGAGCAUGUGUGUGUGUGUGUGUGGCUAUGGAAAAGCUGAGCCUAUCAUCUGGAAAAGGAAUAAUCAGGAAUUAUGCUCUCCCCGUGCUCUCUCCAUCUCUGUUUCUGCCUCUCAGCAGUUCUUUAAACCGUAACAGUUUUCUGGAGAGUCUUUCUCAGAGUUUCUCUAUGUCUGAGGUUUGUUUAUACAUGUGUGAUUCUUCACGUGCUGCAAACUCCAACUGCAGUCCGCACGAUCGUGCAUUAGUAUCAUCCCAGCCUUUUGCUUAGCCUUUGCAAAGCUAAAAAAAAUGUUUUUGGGGCAGAUACAGCUCGGCCACUGCAGUUUCCAUCCGCGACCGUGUUUGUUUUAAAAUUGCCAUAUGACUCCUAACCGGAAUUUCAGGAGCAAUGAUAUUCAUUUUUUCCAUUCUCCAUUUUCUUUUGCCAGUUUAAAGAAUGCAAGGCAAGAAUAGUUGUCAAUGAAAAUGAUGAAUUAAGACACAAAUUAGAUUUUACAAACCCUUCCAGUGCUCGGUUUGUUGACAGCUUACGAUCUGAAAAUCUAAAUUGUUCUAGUGGAGCUGCUCAUUGUAUAACAGGAGGAUUCUGUUUGUACUGCGCAUCUUUUAGGUGUGAACAUGGGUGAAACUGAGCAUGAAGGAAUGAUGACAUGGAUGAGUAAAGUAUUCCAAGGUUAAAUACAGGUUAAUAAAGGUCAUCUGGCAUAUAGACGUUACCAACUAGUUUACAGUUACCUCUAAAAGUGUCUUUUAGCUUUUAGCUGAUGGUCCAAGCAACUGUAAACAUCAACUGGCAGGAAAUUAUUCCUUCUGGAUUCAUCCAUUCGACAGCGACCCCAGUCUGUUCAGAUAUUUGUGGUGAAGAUUUGUUGACAUUCUGGGUGUGGAUGGAGAGCACAUCGAUGUUUGCUAUGAGAGAUGAAACAUAUGGACCUUGUAGAAGAAGUGGAUAAAAGUAUCGUCUUUUUCCUCCACUCCACAGAAAUCAACAGGAAUGCCUCCACUCUAUUAUUUAACCACAAGGCCACAGCUAAUUGCUUCAGUGUGUGUGUGUGUGUGUGUGUGUGUGUGUGUGUGUGUGUGCAUGACAUAAGACCCCAGAGGCUUGGGAAAAUGAACAACUGUCCUGCUGUAUUUGAUAUGGCGCAAAUGGUUGAGUGGGCCUGAAAGAUGUGUCUGAACUCCACGGUAAUAAGGAAAUGCAGUUUCCUUGACAUCAGUGUGGAAGCUUGGACACCUCAGGACCAGCGGCAGGCCCUUUGUUCUUUAGCUGAAAGUCAAUAAAGUUUUCUUUUAAAUAGGAAAGCAGAGGCAUGGAAAUAUUCGACUGUUUUCAUCCACCGACAUAUAAAAACUGAAUUGCAGAACCGGAUUAUAUUCUAUAUGUGCAAUGGUAGUUGCGAUUGAUAUACAGUAGAUUUAGCAACGCAUUGCCUGACAUUGUGAACGGUUGUCCCUUCAUCAUGGCUGUUUUUUCACUCUGCCUCCGUUUGAAAACACGUUUGCAUUUUAACGUAGCUGGACGACACAUUGCACAAACUAGUUCUUCUCUAGCAUAACCAACUCUUAAGUCUUCUUAAAUACAUGUCAUAGUUCUUUUAGUGAAAUGGCCUCAAGUGUGAGCGAUCCAGACACUAACGCUUUAUAGCCACCAAAGAAUAUCAAAUCAAGAACAGCUAUUCAGCACAAAGAAAUAGAAUUAGUGGUUGAAGUAAAAUGAGGCUUUUGGAGCUGAAAUUCAAGUUGAGAAUAUAUCAGAGCCAGUGACUGUAUGUGGCUAGUGGUUAGGAGUCAAGGAGCUCGACGGUAGGCUGUGAACUAUGGAGGUGGGGAAUAGAGAGUCAGAAGAUCUGUAUAUGUUCCAUUAGAGGUCUUCUUCAGGUUAGGAGAUAGAGCAGCUUGGAGGUACUGUAAGUAGAUUAAUGUUAAAGAGGGAAAUUGGGAGUGCAGGAUUAUGGAAAGGAGAAGUUUUGUCUGCUCUAUCAAUUACAUUUCUGGAAUGUGUCUCUGGGGGCGUGGCAGUCGGAGCAGGAGGAGGGGUCAACCAGCUGAACGAUAGAACAAACAGACCAAGAGGGGAGGUUUGGGGCAAAAGCUGGAGGUCUGAGGGAGAGAUUGCUGACUUGGGAGCCCAAAUAAUAAGACUAAAAGAGAAGAGGGAGAGAGGAGCAGCAGGGAGAAGAUAUGGAAGGGGAGGAGAGGAUACAAGAAAGGAGGGACUAGGGGGGAUGAAAGAAUAACAAGGAAAGGAAGAGAGGAGACAGAGUAGGAUGGGGGUAGUCCAAGAAAAAGAAAAUUAGAGGAUAAGAGGCAGGGGAUGAGGGAUGCGGAGGAGGAGGAGAAGGAGGAGGUGGGGAACAAGACCAAAAGGCUCUUCGGGAUCUCCAGGAUCCUGAGGUUUUAUGUUUGCGUCCCACUCGUUCCGAUGGUACUUACAUAACUAGAAAAGACUACUGAAUUGUUUGAAUGCAUUGUAUAUAUUCUGUCUGCCCAAACCAACACGCCACAGGCAGCCGACGCAUCUGGUGAACACAGAGGAAGAGAUUACUGACUAACACAGAACCCGCAGAACACUGCAGCUAAUAACUGGAUCAACUACACAAGUAGCAGGACUUUUCCAUCUCACCGUCAUUGACAUGUCAUAAUGACAUCCAGCUGCCUCCAUUGUGUUGUGGAAGGUCUCACUAUUGUUUGCCCCAGCACUUUUCACUUGUGUUGCACUUGAGUCAGCUUGUUUGUGUGCUAUAAAUCUGUGACACAUCAACUGUUGGCUUCACUUGAUAUUCUUAAUCUUAUUUAAAAAAAAUUAAAUCAAAACUCAGCUUUGACUUUGCACCAUGCGUACCCUUCACGGCGGAUGGCUCAUGUGACACCAGUGGAGGUACCCUCAGUCUACACUCCUGCUCCCCAGCUACUGAGAGGUCAGGCUGAUGCACAUCUGGCAUUUCCUGUUUCCUCUCCUCCAUAUGCCCCUGAGUGGUAGUCACACACACACUCUCUCACACACACUCUCACACACACACACACACUCU